AUGGGCGACCGAACAGAGCACGACUCCAAUUACCGCUCGAGUAGCGAGGAAGCCGAGUCGCAUGACAAUCAAGAGAUUAUCGACAAUGCUGAUAACGCCGAGCAAAUCUCACCACUCGACAAACAGAGCACCUCAGCAUCAGGAAGAUCGGUAUUUGAAGAGCGCACGCAAUCGAUAGUCUCACGUAUCCGCAGUCGAGACCCAGCACAAAUCGCAAAGUUCACGCAUGCCCUCUCACAUACGAAAACGAGCCCCGAUGUGAUUGUCGAUUUCGACGGUCCCGAUGACCCAUAUCGGCCCUUGAAUUGGGGUUUCAGAAAGAAGGCUGUGACAACAAUCCUAUAUGGGUUGACCACUAUGGGCACGACGUGGGCUAGUUCAAUCUAUUCCACGGGCACGGACGAGAUCGCAACCGAGUUUGGGAUUUCCAGCGAGGUUGCGACGCUGGGAACUUCGCUCCUCCUGUUCGGUCUAGGCUUGGGUCCGUUGAUUUGGGCUCCAUUGUCUGAGGUAUAUGGGCGGAAGACGGCAGUCUUGGUGCCAUAUUUCAUUGCCGCGAUCAUGUGCUUUGGAACUGCUGUUGCGAAGGACGUCCAGACGAUUAUGUUGACUCGAUUCUUUGCCGGAUUCUUUGGGUCUGCACCGGUUACCAAUACUGGUGGUGUUCUUGGUGAUAUUUGGAGUCCGGAGCAGCGUGGUGCCGCUAUUGUGGGGUAUGCGAUGGCGGUGGUGGGUGGGCCUGUCCUCGGUCCUAUUGCUGGUGGCGCCAUCUGCCAAAGUUACCUUGGCUGGCGAUGGACUGAAUACCUUACUGGUAUUAUGAUGAUGUUCUUCCUUGUGAUGGAUAUGCUCUUUAUCGACGAGAGCUACCCACCCGUGCUUCUAGUGAAUAAGGCGCGCCGCCUACGUUUCCAAACCGGCAACUGGGCCCUACACGCUCGCCACGAAGAAUGGGAUGUGACAUUCAAAGAGCUAGGAAACAAAUACUUAAUUCGCCCGUUCGCUCUUCUCGCAACUCCAAUCUGCUUCCUUGUCGCCCUCUACGCAUCCUUCGUGUACGGCAUCCUAUACCUCAGUCUCGCAGCCUUCCCAAUCGUCUUCCAAGAAGUCCGCGGCUGGAACCAAGUCGUCGGAGCCCUCCCUUUCCUCGCCUACUUGGUCGGCAUCAUCAUCGGUGCCUUCAUCAACCUGGCCAACCAACGCUUCUACAUCAAGCGUUUCAGAGCGAACAACAACCGCGCUGUGCCCGAGGCUCGUCUUCCACCUAUGAUGGUCGGCUCGGUCUUUUUCGCCGCCGGCAUGUUUGUCUUUGGCUGGACAAGUCCGGCGCAUAUCCACUGGAUCGCCCCUAUCAUCGGAGCCGUAAUGAUGGGCUUCGGAUUCUUUACUAUCUUCCAGGCUGCGCUGAACUAUCUGGUCGACACCUUCCAGACAACCGCGGCUAGUGCUAUCGCGGCGAACACUUUCCUGCGCUCUAUGUUCGCUGGUGCGUUCCCGCUUUUCACGAACAAAAUGUUCCAUAGCCUUGGUGUUCCCUGGGCCGCCAGUGUGCUAGGAUUCAUUGCCGUUGCACUGAUCCCCAUUCCAUACCUGUUCUAUACAUUUGGAAAGCGGAUCCGGGCGCGUGGCAAAUGGUCCGCCGCGUCUGUAUAA